UCCAGGUACACAAAGAUGAAUUCAUUAAUCAUGUCCCUCAGCACAUCAUUGACGAGUGCCUGGAAGACAGCCGGGGCAUUGGUCAACCCAAAAGGAAGGAUCAAAUAUUCAAAAUGUCCUGUGGGGGUGUUAAAGGCUGUCUUCCACUCAGCACCAUCUCGAAUCCAGACCAAAUGGUACGUGUUGCGCAGGUCCAACUUUGUGAAGAUCCCUGCUCCCUGAAGAAUCUCGAAGGCUGAUGACAUAAGAGGCAGGGGGUACUUGUUCUUAACGGUUAUAUCAUUCAGCCCUCGAUAAUCGAUACAGGGAUGCAGGUAGCCAUCCUUCUUCACAAAGAAGAACACCGCUCCGGAGACGAGGAAGGACGAAUGAUGCCGGCUGCCAGAGAAUCAGACAAAUACUUAUCCAUGGCCACUCGUUCAGGAGUGGACAAAGAGAAAAGCCGCCCUUGUGGCGAAGUGCCAGGAAGGAGGUCGAUAGCACAAUCAUAUGGUCGAUGGGGAGGAAGAGAUGGAGCUCUGGAUCGACUGAAGACCGCACACAGAUCUUGGUAGACCCCCGGGACCCGGGAGAGUUCGGAAAACUCCUCCUGCAACACAGAAACAGAAACACCAGAAGAAGGGGCAGACACGAGAUAAGUAGCGAGAUAAGUAGCAUGACAAGAAGAAUUCCAUGCAAGAAUUAUGUUCUCUGCCCAGUUAAUGUGAGGAUUAUGCAAUGAUAACCAUGGAUGACCCAAAACUAUAGGAGUCACUAGAGAUUCAAACAAGUAAAACACCAGUUACUCCCUAUGAUUUCCAGAGGUCUGCAUUGGCUCAGGGUCGACAGGAACCUCCACCAUACGAGUGACAGGAAAAGGCUUGGGGAGUUCUGACCGUGCCCCCAAUCGGCUUCUUCAUCUCAGGUCAAAGCGAUGGUCAAGGCUGAAGGCUAGGGAGACGAGGUCAUCAAACUGCUCCGGAGGAUCACGGGCAUAGAUCUCAUCCUUGAUGUCAUUCGUCAGGCCAUCCGGAAAACAGGCUGUAAGAGCUGCUUGAUUCCACUCACUGGUUUCCGAAAGUGUGUGGAACUCGAUAGCGAAGUCAGCCACUGAACGUUUACCCUACAAAAAUAUUUUUUACAAUUUGGGUAACCUAUUCUAUUAAGGUUGUUCUUGUAAUCCUCAUUUCUGUCAGGUAGUAAACUUUAAAACCAACAUCACAUCUGAAAUCACCCACAGAUGUGAUCUAAGUGUUUAACUAUUUCCUAUGACUUGCCCUAAGAUCACCAAAACUCUGUUGUGAUUUUCAGGAGAGGUUCAAACGUGUCGCUGACUCUGGACAUGUGUACCCCUGGCACUACAGAGCCGUAUGGAGCCCUGUUGUCCCCCAGAGAUCAGAGCACACAGGAAUACCUGCAGAAUGCAUCCAACCUGCUUACACCUGAACAGCUGCAUAAACGCGCUCUAGACGAUGCUGUACUGCAGGCUGAGUUUUACGAAACACCCAUGAACUUUGUGGACCCCAAGGAAUAUAACAUACCUGGAGUGGUUAGAAAGAAUCGCUAUAAAACCAUACUACCAAACACACAUAGCAGAGUUUGCUUAAAAACAAAAGAGGAGGGGGAUUUUCUAAGCACCUACGUUAACGCUAAUUAUUUGAAGGUGAGUAUUAGCUGCAAAUGGAAAAGAUUUGUGAUUGAAUGAUAGAAUAAACCACAGUUAUGCAGUCAGACAGCUAUCAUUUGUGAG